UUUAAUUCAGAUGAGUCCUGAAAAUAUUACUUUACUUAGACUUAUAGGAUUUUUGGCUAAUAAAUAUGGACGAUAGGGGGAAUUUCAAACACUAUUUUAAAAUCUGGUGGACAGGUAUCAAGAAGAUACCAGAAACUACGUCUAUUCACGGUUUUAGAUUUAUUGCUGAUUCCAAUAAACACUGGUCGGAAAGGGUGUUCUGGCUGAUAUUCGUCGCACUAUCAUGGUACGGCUCCUCACUCCUCAUCGCGGCGCAGUACGACGCGUUCCAGAACCACCCCAUCUCGUUCGUGGUGGAGACCAACUACAAGGACUGGGACACGCACUUCCCCUCCGUGGCGGUCUGCGAGAACGACAACACGCGCCGCAUCGAGGAGAUGUCCGACAGCCUAUGGGGGGUAGACCACGACUUCAAUAUGGAAGAGGUUUUAAAAGAAGUAGCCUACUUCAAAGGCAUAACAUAUUACACAUCGCAGUUUUGCGGAUCAGAUGACCCUCCACCAACUUGCAUCAGAUCAAACCUAAGCUAUUACGCCAAUUUGGUUCGCAGCCGCUGUGAAGACACGUUGGCCAAUUGCUCCUGGAACGGAAAGCCGUUCAAAUGCUGCGACUAUUUCAGACCUAUGGACACUGAACUGGGGACCUGCUAUGCUAUUAACACUAUUCAGGGACGAGAGAUAAACCAAAUAAAGCUGCCGAUGAAAAGCAACCAGACGACGGGCCCCGGAGCCAUUAAGUUCGACGUGCUGGUGACCGGCAACGUGUAUGUGCUGAAUGAGGAGGAGGUGCCAUCGCUCACCACCCUCGGCUCUGAUGUGUUGAAUGUUGUACCGGAAGUCUCGCAUAGGCGAUCCAUAACAAUCCGCAAUAUUGAGAACGAUGCGGGCGCGCGCGUCAUAUCGCCAGAGAAACGGAAGUGCCGGUACCAUGAUGAGAACUUUUUGGAGGUGUACCGCCACUACUCGUACAGCGCGUGCACGGUGCAGUGCCGCAAGGAGGCGCAGCUGCGGCUGUGCAACUGCACCAACUUCUUCAUGCCCGGCGUGCCCGAGCGGCUCAAGUGCGGCGUGGACGGCAUCAUGUGCCUCAACGCCAACCUUAAUGAACUCUCGGUUUUAAAGGCGAAGUGGUCGUCACGGCCAGGUUUAUACUGCGACUGCCUGCCUUCCUGCACGGAGGCCGAGAUCUCAGUCGUGAAGGACUCCAAGACGUCCACCACUGAUGACUUCUCCACUGUCCAGAUAGAACUGGCUUCAUUGCCAAGCGAGAGGUACAGACGGAACGUCGUUAGAGGAAUACUUGACUUAGUAGUAUCAACGGGAGGAACAGGUGGGCUAUUCCUCGGUGCAAGUAUUCUGAGCUUCGUAGAGCUGUUUUACAUAAUCUUCCUGAGGCCAUUCUGUGACGUGUACAGUCAGCAUGGCGAAGACCCUUGGUACACGAAAUUCGGCACUCGAACGCUUGAAGAUAACAAGUUUACCCCUAACCCAGAGUGGGCCUUUGAAAAAGACAAUACGGGUAAAGUGAAACAUAUCAAAAGGCAGUUCGUGAAAUGA